UUACCACCAAAAGUACGGAGUUCAUCAUGGAAGAGAUUCAAAUCAAACACGCUUUGGUAUUGAAGGAAGCUAAGCUUGCAUUCAACAAAGUCGACGACGACCCAAUGGAAAGUUUGUAUAUGAUCGAUGCAAUCCAAAGGCUUGGCAUUGAGCACCUUUUCCAAGAGGAAAUUGAAAAGGCUCUUAUUCUGAACCAAACUUCGAAGCUUGGAAUCAAUAUCAGUAGUGAUUCCAUGCACAACCUUAAACUUUGCGAAGUUGCUCUUCAAUUCCGUUUACACAGGCAAGCAGGUCAUUAUGUUCAUGCUGAUAUAUUUGAUUGCUUCAAGAACAAACAAGGAAUGAUCAAAGAAAAAUACAGUGAAGAUAUAAAGGGACUGGUUGCUCUAUAUGAAGCAUCACAGUUAAGCAUAGAAGGAGAAGAUAGUCUUGUUCAGGCAGGCAAUCUCAGUCGUCAACUUCUUGAGAGGAGGUUGUCAACACAUGAAGGUCAUUGUGAAGCUCAAGCUGUGGCAAACGCUCUUCAGAAUCCACUUCACCAUAGCUUGUCAAGGUUCACAAACACAAGCAUCGUCAUCUCAUCAAGUGAUUUUCUCAUGAGAAAUAGAUGGACGACCAGUUUUGCUGAACUUGCUGAAAUCAAUUCCUGCCUUAUCCGCCACUUGAACCAGAAUGAAAUCUUUCAAGUUUCCAAGUGGUGGAAAGAGCUUGAAGUGGCCAAGGCGAUGGCGUUUGCUAGGUUUAACCCAGAUAAAUGGUAUCUGUGGCCAAUGGCAUGCCUCACAGAUCCAAAGUUCUCUAAGCAAAGAAUUGAGCUCAUCAAACCUGUUUCUUUGGUCUACAUAAUUGAUGACAUUUUUGAUGUCUAUGGUUCAUUAGACCAACUCACUAACUUUGCCAAUGCUGUGAAUAGAUGGGAAUCCACGGCCACGGAGAAAUUACCAGACUACAUGAAAAUUUGUUUCAAUCUUCUACAAGACACUAUCAAUGAGAUGGCUAGCAAGGUCCAAGAAAAGCAUGGAUUAAACCCAAUAAAUUCCCUAAAGAAAUCGUGGGCAGCAUUGUUGAAUUCCUUCUUAGUAGAAGCAAGAUGGUUGAAUUCUGGUCAUUUGCCACAGGCAGAAGAAUACUUGAAGAAUGGGAUUGUGAGCUCAGGAGUUCAUGUGGUGUUCUUACAUGCAUUCUUCCUCUUGGAUGAGGGUAUCACUGAAGAAACAGUUGCUAUUAUGGAUCAAAUUCCAAGUGUUUCUUCUUUAGUUGGCGAAAUUCUUCGCCUCUGUGAUGAUUUAGAAGGAGCAAAGAGUGAUGAUCAGAGUGGUGUGGAUGGAUCAUACCUUGACUAUUACAUGAAAGAAAACGGCGGCGUUUCAGAAGAAGAAGCACAAACACACGUGGCCCACUUGAUUUCAAAAGCAUGGAAACGUCUCAAUCAAGAAACGCUAAUCACAAGCCCUUUUCCUUCUUCUUUCACCAAGUUCUGCCUCAAUGCUGCAAGGAUGGUCCUACUUAUGUACAGUUACAGAAGAAAUGAAAGCCUUUCUGAUCUCCAGGAAUACGUGAGGUCGUUGCUUCAUAUUGAUGAAUCUAUCGACAAGCACAUUAAUAUUCCUUCAAGCCACGAAGGCCAAGGCCACCUAUCUUGGAAUGCCACGCGUAACUCGGGGAAAAAUCGAUGGAGAAGGUGGGCAUGGCUACGACUUUUAGCUUCGUCUUCUGGUUUCUCUGGACUCAAAGAUGCCAUGACAUUUUCGAGGACAAGCUGCAAACAACUCCUGAAAUAUAUUAUUCACAUAUGCUUGUAUCUCCUUGUGGAAGACGAGUUCGGACCUAAGCGGGACUAUCUUAGGGUCUGUUCCUUUCUCGAGUGGUGGGUUAUUAGAGAUACUGCUGGUGAUUGGGUCAUGGGGUUUGUUAGAAAGAUAGGCUGCCAACCUUCUAUAGCAACUGGGAUAGUGAAUUUCAGUAAUCAAAACAGGACUGGACGGCAUGUGAACGUCUUGGUCCGACCAUGCUACGUUCGUAUUCUGAUUCCUUAG